AUUAAAUACAUUUACUAAAGAUUUAACUUGCUUUGUUUAAAAAGAGUCUAGACGUAAAAAUCCUAAUUUUAUGGGUAUUUCUUUUUUAUAAACUUCAGUGGAAGUUUUCACUGACUAUCCAGUAAGAGUUAUCUCAGAGCCACUAAAGAACUAUUACAGUCAUUGAAAAAAAUGGAGAAAUGGAAUCCUAUGAAAGAAGCCUAUGAUGACCCAGAAUUCAAUAAAUACACCACAGGUUUUGGAAGAGAUUUGUCUUACAAUACUAAAAAUAUUGACUUGUACGUUGAAAAUAUUCCCCCAGGACUUGGUCAGGAUGGUCUUUUAAAUCUUUUCUCUGAGUAUGGCAGAGUGUUGAGAGCUAGAGUGGUCAAAAACAAUUCCACACAUGUAGGAUCAAUAGGCUUUGUUACCAUGGAAAGUAUGGUUGAUGCAGAAGCAGCCAUGAGAAACAUAGACCAGAGGAAAGUUGGAGACCGUUUUGUUUUAAGAGUAAAGGUUGCAUAUAGUAAAGAAGAAAAAGAGCGGAGAAAAAAACAGAAGCAGUUUCAAGAAGAAACUGAUUUUGAUGACACUGCAUCUUUGGCAUCUUCUAAACACAAGAAAUUUGAAUUCCAAGAACAAAAUGAAAGGUUUACAAAUAAAUCUGUUCCUAACUUUGGUCGUGGUUUUUCAAGAGAAGCUGAUGAUUCAAUAGACCCUGUUAUGUCCACUUUAGGAAGAGGUAGAGGUAUUACACGUCAUCCAGAAAGUGAUUUGAGACAGGUUAACAAUGCUAAACUGAACCAAGACAAACAAGCCCCUAGAAAGAAAGCUUUCAGCCAACUGGAACAAUUAGAGAGUUGGCAAACUGAGUCUUUUGGGGAUUCUGAUAAAAGCCUAAAGACCAAGAAGCCAGAAAUGGAGAAUAAAAAAAUUUGCAUUUAUUGCUACAAACAUGGCUGUGUUAAUGUGUGUUCAGUUUGUAAGCAGUACUACUGCUCUGUGGAAUGUCAGAUAAAUGACUGGCCCAAACAUAGAAAUUAUUGUAGAAUUAUUGAGGCACAUUUGGAUGACUUGAGCAAGGCUAGGAAAGGCUUUUCUGCUGAAAAUGAAUCAGCCACUGAAGAUCAAGAUGACCAGAGGUCACCAAAAAGCAAACCAGAUAAAAACUACUCUGGAAAUUCUGAUAGAGUAUCAAAUUUUAUGACUAAAAAUGUAAGAAAAUCUGCAUCAAGUGAAAAGCUGCUAAAGAACAAGCCAAAUGGUAGCGAAACUAAGGAAAGUUAUUCUGCACCAAAGCAGCGCAAAAAGCCAAUGGAGAGCAGCAAUUCUAAAGCCGCUAAGAAAACAAAUGGAUUUAAAGAGAAUAACAGAAGUGGCCAAGAAAAAGAUGUGUCAUUAAAAGAGACUUAUGGUGCAUUAUCAGUUGGUAGCAAAGUGGAGGUUAUGUUAACAUACUUCAAAAGCCCUACAGAGUUUUGGGUUACACAGAAGGAUUAUUUAAUGGAAUUUAUGGAGUUGAUGACAGAGGUUACCAAGGCACUGGAACAAGAAACCACCAGUAAUGUAAUUCAACCCCGUCUUGGAUCUAUUUAUGGGUCAAAGUUUGAAGGUGAAUGGAGCAGGGUCAGAGUGGAUGAAAUCGAUGAUGAGGAAGUUACAGUCUAUUACAUAGAUUUUGGAAAUUCUGAAAGAGUUCAGAUCAGCAACUUGCGUCAGUUAACUCCAAAAAUGAUAGUCUUACCACCUCAGGCAGUUGCAUGCACUUUGAGCAAGAUAAUACCUAAGAGAUGUCCAGAAGUGACUGCUACUGUACAGGAUAUUUUUGGUGCACCAAUGAGUAAAUUUUUUGACUGUCAUGUGGUAGAUAAAGUGGAUCAUAUUCAUGAAGUUAAUAUUAGCAUUGAUGGUGAGGACCUAGGUAAAAACCUAUUGAAACAAGGAUUGGCAGAAGAAGCUGAGCUGCAGCCUGAAAGGAUCAUGGUGUGUGAUCUAAAGAGUCAAAAACAGCUGCUUCAAGUUGGGGACAGACUGAAAGUGGUGAUCGUCAAUGUGGAGUCAUCAAGCCAGUUUAGUAUCAUUAAAACAGAAGCCUAUGAAGUCUUGUCAGAGAUUUUGAAGCAGCUCAAAUCACAUUACAGUCAUAAAAAUCAACCUUACAAACCUAUAAAGGGAGAACUGGUGGUGGCCAGAUUUCCUGAUGAUCCCUGCAGUUUGUAUAGAUGUGAGGUAUUAAAUGUUGAGGAAGAUUUGUUUCACCUUUUCUGUAUUGAUUAUGGAACUCUGGGAAGUUUGAAAUCAGAAAUGAUUUAUCAAGUGAAGCGCUCCAACAUUGCUGAGUUUCCAAUGCUUGCAAUAAGAUGCUCUUUAUUUGGAAUGGAAACAUUUGCUGACAUUUCUGAGGAGAUAAAGAGAAAGGAAUUUGAUGCAGUGAUGCAAGAGUUCUGUGAUAGUAAAAGAUCUAUGUCCAUGAUUGUAAAAAAUGUUGAGGUACCACUUGUAGAUUUCUGUUCAGAGUCUGGGGUUUGGUUUUCACAGUGUCUGAACAAAAAGCUUCACAAACUCUCUGUAAAAGAUCAACCUAAGAAACAUAUAACACUUCCUUCCAAAAAAGCAACCAGUGUUACUGUUCCCAGCAAAAUAUCCAAAGGAAAUGAGGGACUCAACCUAUUGACUGAAGCACUUGUCAUGGGAGCUGUUUGCAAAGUCAACAUGUGCUACAUCGUCUCUACUGGGGAGUUUUAUGUAAGGCUGAUGUCUAGAGAUGCUGCUUUCAAAGACAUGAUGAAAGAACUUAACAACAGCAUCCAUAGUGCUCCAGUUGUGAUUGCUGCUCAGGUUGGUUCCCUCGUGGCUGUUAAGUACAGUGCGGACGAGCUCUGGUACAGGGGGAAGGUGCAGCGCAUCCAAGGCAAAAAGUGUGAUGUGACCUUUCUUGACUAUGCCAAUACAGAGAGUGCUAACUUGGACAGUUUGAGAGAGCUUUCCCCCUCAUUGAUUGAGCUUCCUGUUCAAGCUAUUAGAUGUCGACUCAACAUAGAAUCUCCACCUUCCAAAGAAGAAGAAAACCAGUUCAAAAAAGAGUUUGAGAAUGAUAUACUGCCAAUGAGAGCUGUCAAAAACAGCCCUAAAGGCUAUAUGGUCAACAUUACUGUACCUGCUAAAAAACGUCUGGAAUUUUUGAGUAACAUGAAUCUCAAGCUGCCAUGUGUGGAGCAGGAAGUCUCAAACUUGAACUUUGAAUUAAACAGUGUUGUUAAAGUGGAAUGUGUAAAAUUGGACAGCCCUUUGAGGUUUCAUGUUCAAUCUUCAGAGCAUUUGCCAGCUCUCAUUAAGGCCUCAGAGAAGCUGAACAAACGUCUGAACAGUCAACCUGCACCUUUAAAAUCUGUUCAGGUUGGGUGCUAUGCUGCUGUCAAAAGUAAUUUCAACCACGAAGAAGCUAAAUGGCACCGUGUCAUUGUAGAAAGUAUUAACGAAGACAAGUGUGUUGUGAAUUUCCUAGAUUAUGGUAUUUCUGAAGAGACAUCUAAGUCCAGCUUAAUGACACUCUCAUAUGAAGACUUAAUGCUGCCUGCAUGUGCUAUAGCAUGUAGGCUCAAAGGAUGUCAGGCUCACAAGUCUAACUUUGAUAGUCCUUUUUCUACCAUGGGUCCAAGUUUGAUUGAUUGUGUCAAAAUAGUAGGCAAGGAAGACAACCAAUAUAUUGUUGAUGUCUUAGAUUGUGUUGGCCAAUGUAUCAGCAACAAAUUCUUGGCAGAAAAUUCUUCAAAUGAUUCAAUGAUCUCAGCUUCCAGUAGUCCAAGAGAAAAACUCCAAAAUAAAUUGGAUCAACAGACACUUCCCGAUACAAAUCAACUCAUUCCAGUGUUUGUCACUCAUAUCAAUUCUUACCAUGACCUUUUUGUGUCAGUCAGGCAGGAGAAUAUCAUCUCAGACUUCCUACACCUCAUGACAGCUUUGAAUCAGGGCAUUAAAACUUGUAAACCUCUCAAAAAUCCUUCUGUUGGUGGUCUGUGUGCAGCCAAGUUCAGUCAGGAUGAAAGCUGGUACAGGGCUCGCCUGAUAGACAUACUAAACUCCUCCACAGCCAUGGUUCAGUUCAUAGACUUUGGAAACUGUGAAGAAGUAGCCUUGUCAGAACUGAGGGUACUGAAUGCAGAGUUUAGGACCCAGUCAGCACAGGCCAUACCUUGCUGCAUUUCUGGUUACGAAACUGAGAAGGUCUUGGCCAAUAUGGAGACAUUACAAAAACUAAAAGUUGACCUCCUUGACAAACAGUUGUACUUAAAAGUGGUGAAGAAACUGGAAGACAAAUAUGUGAUCAUAGUGGAGAAUGAACAAGGUGAAUCUGUCGUGAACAAAAUGCCCACCACUGGUCAUAAAUUGACUUUGCCCAAACAUUCAGACUUGUUAGUGGAGACUCCAGCUGAAAAGGAAUUUCCUGCUAUUUUUUGUCAUAUCAAUAGUUUUGAUGAUUUCUAUUGUCAGAGAAUUAAUCAACAAGAGAUCUCUGAACUAGAUUUACUGCAACAUUCUCUCCAGGAAGAUGUAUCUAAAUGUGCGCAGCUGAAACCUUGUGAGCCUGUUGUUGGAUGUGUCUACAUGUCCAAGUUCCUAGGCUCAUGGUACAGAUGUGUGCUUCAGGAGGUUCAAGGUUCUAAAGCUAAAGUUAAGUAUGUGGAUUAUGGGAAUGAAGAAGAAAAAAGUGUAGAGGAAUUGUUUCCCUUGUUACCUGAGCGUAUGACAUUGCCAGUCCGGCUUUUAAAGUGCAAACUUUUUGGUGUUAAGCCUGCUGGUCAAGACUGGAAUGAUCCAGAUAUACAAAACUAUUUGAAAAUACUUGAGACCAAACAGCCAUUACUGAUCAUUCAUGAGGAAAUAGAUGAUGCUUUUCUAGUUUCUAUAGUUAUUGUUCUGGGCGAUAUCAAAAUCAAUGUAGCUGAUGAUCUUGUUAGUAUUGGAUUAGCUGUUCCCAUCUCAGAGAGCUCUUCCAUCAAACAAGAAAACAAUCCAACUUCUCUGCCUAUAAAUGAUCAAGAUAGUAAGCCAGCUUCACCAACAAAAAAACAAGCAAGCAAACCAAGUUCUCCCAUGAACAAGCAAGAUAGUAAACCAACUUCUCCACCGGCCAAGAGUUCUGCUUCUGAAUCUGAAGAUGUAGACACUGAAGAGCUUGAAUUACAAUUACAAAUUUUAGAACUUCAAAAAAAGUUGGCAAUGGCAAAGAAAAAAAAGAAGUCAGAUGCAUGAUAGUUUUAUGGAAUGGAGUAGAAAUGUUAACAAUUUCUUGGUUUUGUUUUGUCAAUGUACCCUUUCUAUUUUAUAUUCCAUGGGAAAAUUAUCAUUAGAACUAUGUCAUAUUAACAACAAAAACAACAUGUUUGGAUACAAAAUCCAUUUUUUCAAUGAUAUUAUUUCCUUUGUAUCCUACACCUGUGACCCUACCAAAUAGUAAACUAGCGUAAGACCACUUUCCCAGUAAAGUGUCAUCAUUUUCUAUUUUCUCACCUAGAUCUGUUAUUUACUUUUAAAAAUAAAAAACAACAACCAUUCAAUACUCAAAGUUAAACAUUUUGUAGUCAAGAUCUUAAAAGAGCAUGACCAGCUUUAAGUUGGUUAAGUGACUCUGGCUAAGACUUAGCAUUAAUUCUCAACCAUUGUGCUGCUAUUUCGAAGAUCUUCUAUUUGGUACUUUAAACCUCACGCUGAAGUCAAUCUAAUUAUUCAAAAAUGUGAGUCAAAAAGAGGAGAUGGGAGUUUGUUUAAUAAAUAAAAUAAUUUACUUUAUUGAUAUUCACCAUUAAGAGCUGUUUUAAAAUAUUUUAUUUUCUUUAUUGUAAAGAAGAAGUGCAGUAGUUACAAGUAGAUUACUAUUGUAUGCAAUAGUCAAAAGUUUAUUUUGUGCUUUUUUUGUGUGUUUCUUUGGAUGACAUUUGUUUUUUUAUGCUUGCAUUGCCUUUGUUGAUCUACCACUGACAUUAUAAGUUACAGAUAUUCCUUCAAUAAUGAAGAUAAUUAUGACUUACAUGUAUCCAUGUGUUAAUCUAGUUUGUCAUGCUUAUCAGAAACUGAAACUCAACUACAAGCCAUUAAAACAAUUUCUUAGCAACCUUUUCCAUUCUCUAAUGAUAUGAUGUUGGUAUUUAAAGAUGAUAGUCUAAGAACUGACCUAAAAAUCAGUUGUCUCUACACACCUAGAUUUGGCAGACGAUUUCCUAAAUUUUUGUGACUAUUAAAAAUAUUGUUCAUUAGGUCUUUUGAGAAAAAAUGCUAUAAAUUGUAACUUUCUGAAUAUAUAAUAUAAUUCUCAGAGACAAAAACAAACUAGUUAAGUGUACCGCAAAUAUAUAAAUGAAGAAAAUGUCUAUUCUGUAAAGCAGUAAAAGCUGGGAUGAUCUGGGCAUGUUUUUAUAUCAUAUAUUAGUACAGAGACAAGGUUGCAAGAGAUAAAACUUUGUAAACAAAAAAAUCCAUAAAUGGAUCAGUGGAAACAGCAUUCCUAGUCAUGUCAUUCCAAUUGAAGUAGCAAAGAACAGACUGAUCCAGUCAUUCAUUCUUUUGAAGGAAGUCAUUAAAUGAGGUUUGUUGAAAUAUCUUGCCUCUAUUGCCUGUUUCUUGAACUUGUAUGGUUUAGAUGCUCCUUCAGACAUGAAGGUUAGUAUGUCCUAGCUCAUACUUUCUAAAGAAUGGCAGUGGGAAUGGUUGUGAUGACAGUCUGGAGUGUAGACUACAAAAUCAUAGUCUACUCUUAUUGGUACCGAAACCUGUUUUCUUAUUUACACCUAACAUUUACCUAAGAGCUCCAUGCUCUAUCUACCAUUUGUAAAGAAUAUACAUUAUAUACAAUUCUUUUCUCACUAUUAACUAGAUCCAGCUAUUAAACUGAAGUAGACAAUCUCUCCUUAAAAAAUGCCUGCUUACCAUUCUUUCUAGUACUAGAUAUUCUUAGUACUAGACAUAUAUAGAGUGAAAUUAUAACAGAAGGUAACAGCAGAAGACAUUUUAUUAAAAAUGUUUAUGCUAUCAAAAAAGCAAAGGACACUUAAAAAAAACAACAUUGCCAUGUCCAUCUCACCCUAUCAAUUAGCCUAAUACCUCCACAUAGCUCAUUUUUCAAACAUCAAAGUCAAAAUAUUUAAAUUAACUAAGCAUUUGGGAUUUUAUGGAUAUUAUAAAUUGCUAUUUUAAUUUAAAUUUUUUUUUCUGUUUGCAAUCAACCUGUAAACACUGCCUCAGUCUAUGCCCAUGAGAAAAUGAGACUCUUGUUGCAAUGAAUUAAAUAUGCCGUUUUAUCAAUUUAAAAAAAAAAGGUUCUCUGUACAGAAAAUCUUUGAGAAUGCACUGGACAUGGUUGAACUUUAGCUUUCCUUACUACUAGUUUUCUUUUAGCAAAAACUUUUGGCAACCAUGUAAGUAAUAUAAUAUUUUCAAAUUUAAAUUACAUUUAUCUGCCAGUCUAGUAACAUUCCUCUUGGUCUACAUAAAUUGUGUGGCUAUGUUAUAUAGUCUAUCAUUUUCAUUAUAGGUUAACCUCUCUUAAAAAUAGCUUAAUACUUUUUUUUAUAAAUACAAGGAUUGUUCAUUGUAACACUUCAAAGAAAAGAUAAAUAUGUUAAUUAUGUAUUUAAACAAAAAUAGUCUUGAAUUGAAGUACACCUCAUAAUCAGUCAUGCACUUUUUAAAGCAGUUAUCUUUGACUGUUAUUGACCUUAACUGAUAACACACACAAUAGUCAUUGUUUUGAUUUUUUGCAUUUCUUGAUUCAUUUUUCUCCUUUUUUUAAUAAAUCACUUCUGUUCACCAAUCCAACCAAAGAAUUCAGACCUGGCUUGUAUCAGACAUAAUUAACAUAAUAAUAUUGGAUUACUCAUUGCACAUUUUUGCAAUCAUUUAAAAAAAAAAAAAACUUAACCCAUAAUUAAUGUCAGUUUCUUGAAUAUAAAUUAUUCCAAAGACCUACAUCUCAUUCUUUUUUUUUUGCUCAUUUCUAUUGCAACCAGUAAGUUAGAUUCUUUGGUUACUAUAAGUAUGAUUUAAAUAAAACCAAAGCAGGUCUACUAGUCUGCACUCUUGAUGUUGCAUUUUCUGAUAAUGAAAGCAUUUCAGUUUAUAAGAAAUAUGCCACAUUAUAAAUUUGUGUAUAUCUUGAAUAGUCAUGAAUUCCUUAAACUGCUGCAUUUUUGUUGUCAAGAACUGUUCUUUCAAUAUAAAAUUGUCUUGUUAGGAUAUUUUACGUGUGCCUUGAAAGUGUUGUUUUUUUUACUGCUCUUGGGAAAAAAAAAGGUCAUAAUUUUCAAUUGUAUUAUCUUAGCAAUAUACACAUUAAGUAUGUGGACUUAUAAUUAUUUAUUUGGUUUAUUAACUGUUGGUAAAACAAGCUUUGAGAGUAUACAAGAACAAAUUCUCCAUUUCAGUUCAUUUGACACAGCCACCAUUAUGAAAAUUAUUUUUUCAUUAUAUGAAAUCAUACUUGACAUCUUCACCCCUGCAAUAAUGUGUCCAACUCUUGUUAACUGAGUAAGCUAUUAUAAUUCCACUUCUUGCUAUGUAAACAGUUGAAUGUUUUUCAAAAACAGAAUGUCUAAGAAAAUGCACUGUUUGGAUAAACCAUUCAUUCUUACACCUACAUUUUUUUUGGAUUUUAUUGGAAGACAGAAGUCCCUCCACAGUUCAAUGGGACUAGCUGGCUCAGCACAGUAUGCAUUUCAUGUGUAUCACUUCAUAUUGAUAAUUGCUUUUUGUAGAUCUGAUUGGAAAUGAUUCUGUUAAUGAGGUCAUCCAACUUUCUUAUAUUCUGUUAAAAUAGUUUUGUUGGAUAUUCUUUUCAUUCAUUUACUCUGUAAAAAAAAAAAAGGAAUGUAAUGAACACAAUUUGAAGGACAAUAUUUGGCUUAGCUCACUCCUUGUCUUGAGACUACAGAAAGUUAAGUAUUCUUUUAAAAUUCUGAAAGGAAAGUUGGCUUUAGGAGUGGCAAGAGGAAAGGACAUGCUCCACAGUUAGUUGCAUUCAUUGCCAAUGAAAUGAGUAGUUUCCUACCUUAAAAUGUCAGUCUAUUUUUAAUGUUGCACAAGUUGACACAUUGAUUUCAUUGACUAUAUUAGUUCUUUCAGCAAAACUAUAAACUCAUUCAUGUGGCUGUCAACAGUACCAUUACGGUACCAACUUUUCCAAGGCAACCAUUUAGUUCAUAAUACAGCCCGCGGGCCACAUCGACUUGGUUCUAUUUGGCCCACCGAAACGUCAGCACAAAGUGUAGAAAAUCCCCCCUUCAUAAAAAAAGGUUGAAAUAUUCAUCUUUUCCUACGUUGUUAACCUUUAACAUUUGUGCAUUUCUGAAAUGGGAUUCUGAAUGUAGAAUCUACCAGGAAAAGUGAACGGAUCUUUACUUUUUGUGGAACAUGAAAAUAAGCCAGCAUAAUAAAUAUUUAAAGAAAGUGUGGCUGUUUAUAUAAAAAAAUGUAUACAAAGGUAUUAUGAAACAAAUAUGGCAGCAUUCUUGAUUUGAGCCGCAAAUAAAAGAAUGUUAAACCACGUCUAGAGAUUUGAUGAUUUAUGAGAUUAUUUACCAAAAAGAGACAAGAAAAUGAGUCGGUGGUAAAACUAGCUACAAUGGUGCUCACUUUUAAGUAUCGAAAUGAAGCCAUUUUUCCAAAGCGUAAAAAAUAAGAUAAACUUCCGAUGUCUCGUUAAUUAAUGUAAGUUUCUAAUCAGUUUCAGGUCGAUUUUAUUUCGUUUUUGUACCUUUUCGGUCAUAUGGCCCGCGACACAAGUGUCGGAAAUUAAAAUGGCCCGCCUGUCAAAUUAGGUUGGGCAUCACUGAUUUAGUUUUAUCAAAACUGAUUCCAAGUACUUAAACACUAUUUAUGAACUAAAAAAACACUUUGUAGCAUUUGCAUUUUUUUCCUUUUUUCUGGAAGGUGUAAAUAGUAACAGCAAACCUUUUUAAAUAACAAUUUUAUCUUUGCUUUGAGUUGAGCCAAGAUAAAAUAACAUCAAACAUAAGCAUUAAAAAAUCUGGCAGUCUGUAAUAAUUUCAAUUCAAUUUGUAAAGGUCUUAAAUUUAUGCCUCGCAUAAAAUGUUCAGAACCAUUGUCUGUAUACUUGUACAUGCUUGCUAGACAAGUCAAUUGAACUUUGGUAGGAACUUUUUCUUGUUAAAUAUAGCUCUUUCAUAAUUCCCCUUUUCAACUUUUGAUCUUAACGCUAAAACUUUUUGUUUUUAAUGGGUGACCAAACUGAAUCAUCUUAAUUGACUUUGUGUUAAUUGUGAUGAUCAGCUUAAAUUAGGAAUUAUCAGAAAAUGAUUUAAGCUAUCUCACACAUCCCCUGCAUUUUCCUGUCUAUACCACUGCUUUAGAAUAACUUAAAAUGACUAGGGUUACCAGACAUCAGUCAAAAGGAGGACAUGUACUCUGUCCAGCAGGCAUUUGGACUUUUGUGAAAAUGUUGACUUUAAAUCCAAUUGAAUUCAAUCUUUUCAUAUCUUAAAAUACACAAAGUUGC